UCCGUCUUCACCACUCGCUCGUUUGGCGCUGCAUCGAUAAUACUCCACGCAUUUUCCUUUUUUUUGUUGUUGUAGUAUUCUUAUUUGAUUACUUGGGGCUUGUUAUCAGAGUUUUAAUGUCCCGUCGCGACAGACGCUUAACAAAAUGGAGCUAUCAGACAAACUCCGUUGGAAUCAAUUCCUGAUUUUGGCAACAGCACUAAUGUCACCUGCGCUAACGGUGCUGUGUAAUGACAUCCUCAGCCUGAAGGUGGCAGGAGAUCCAGUUCUAACCCCACAUUCCGUGUGCCUGCGGCUGGUAGGCCUCAGCAAACGUCAGUUGCGGAUGUGUAUGCGCAGUCCCGACGUUACAGCAUCCGCCCUGCAGGGCAUCCAGGUGGCCAUCCACGAGUGCCAGCACCAGCUGCGCGACCAGCGCUGGAACUGCUCUUCCCUUGAAAGCUUCGGGAAGCUGCCCCACCACAGCACCAUCCUCAGUAGGGGUUUUCGCGAGAGCGCCUUCUCCCUGGCCCUGCUGGCAGCGGGUGUGGCUCACUCUGUGGCCUCGGCCUGCAGCAUGGGCAAGCUGCGGGGGUGCAGCUGUGAGGCCAAGCGUCGCCAGGACGAUGACAAGAUCCGGCUGAAGCUCACACAGCUGCAGCUGCAGACUCUGCAGAAGGGCGGAGUAGGCAUCGGCAUGACCAAAUCAUUACCCUCUGAUCUAAAUGGGCACCCGGGGAACCUACCACCCGACCUACACUCUGCCCACACGUCUGCCCUGCUCAAGCCUUUAUCAGAUGACCUAAGCUCCAUGCAGGACACCUGGACGUGGGGGGGCUGCAGUCACGACUUGCGGUUCGGGGAUCGCUUUUCAAGAGACUGGCUCGACUCUCGGGGUUCUCCGAGGGACAUCUACGCUCGCAUGAGGAUACAUAACAACCGCGUAGGGCGGCAGAUAGUGACCGACAACAUGACAAGGAAGUGCAAGUGUCACGGCACAUCAGGGAGCUGCCAGUUCAAGACCUGCUGGUACGUUUCUCCAGAGUUCCGAGUCGUUGGAUCUCUCCUCAAGCAGAAGUUCUUGUCAGCCAUCUUCGUCAACUCCCAGAACAAAAACAAUGGCGUUUUUAACCCUCGAACAGAGAACGGCGCCCGCCGGAGCGCCGGGGGGUUCGGCGGCGGCGGUGGCGGGCGCCGGCGAAGCAUGUCCAGGGAGCUGGUGUAUUUCGAGAAGUCGCCGGAUUUCUGCGAGCGUGACGCCUCCGUAGAUUCGCCGGGAACGCAGGGACGCAUCUGCAACAAGACUAGCUACAGCACGGACAGCUGCAGCUCGCUGUGCUGCGGCCGCGGCCACAACAUCCUGAGGCAGACUCGCAGUGAGCGCUGCAAUUGUCGAUUUCACUGGUGCUGCUAUGUGCUCUGCGAGGAGUGUCGCCUUACAGAGUGGGUCAACGUGUGCAAGUAGGCCCCCCGACGUUUGUUUUUGCUCUUUUGUUGCAACCGUUCCAGAGAAUCGCUCCGUCCCCCUCAUUUUGUGUUGUUGUUUUUUUUUUUUUUUUAUUCCAUCAUCUGGGAUCUAUUUUCUCUGCGUAGCCGCUGUUAUUCCCAAAAUGCCAAGUCAGAGAUUGAAGGGGUGACUCAUGUCAUUUAUCCGGCCGCGGCCUGCUUAGACGCUACCCUCCCAGCCAUGAAGAAAGGCCCGCACUCCCCUCGCUUCUAGCCCACAGAAAAGUGGAGAAACGGCAGAGGAGUGUUAAUGUUUCAUCCUCUGCCCUUCUCGUUCCUCUUGUUGUACAGUAGCCGUGUAUUUUAUUGUGCAAGUGUAUAUUUGUGAAUGUAAGUUUUACGAAUAUGUUGUCUCAGAGUGUCUCAUGUUGGUUUAAGUGAACGACAGGAAGGGAACUGCCAGCCUCAUCUGGAAGAUGUAUCCGAGGUUUCGCUAUCUUAACUUCUACAUCCAGCUAUCUGUUAAAGAUUUGCUAAAAAUGGAUGCUUUGCUCCCGCAUCUCACACACAGCAAUAAUCAUUUCGGU